UAAGUUUGUGUCAUUCCUCAACUAUAAUACUCAAGAUGGAGAGGUUGGUUUACCGGCAAGUUAAGACAAAUAAUCGCUAAAGCUUUUCCUUGUUGAGGUAACUUAACGCUCAGUUGUAGUGCUAACUGCAAGAACCAACUAUGGAAGACUGUAUUAUAGCAUUACGAGCGACAUGUUUAUUGAUGUGAGACGCUAUUGGCAAGAAACUGUUGUACCGUAUAGAUAGGAGCUAUAGGAACACAUCGAUAUAAAACUAUAAACUCCUUGGAGAAAUGAAUGAUACUCGAAGGCCCCGAAAAUGCCAAGUUAUUCUUCUUGACGAACGACGACUAGAAUUCUCAAUCCAGCCCAAACUAAUGGCCUGUGAUCUGCUCGAUAUGGUCGCGUCUCAUUUUAAUCUUCACGAGAAAGAAUAUUUUGGAUUGGCAUAUACAGACGAAAGUGAUGCGCAGAACUGGUUAAGGAUGGACAAAAAAGUAAUAGAUCAUGAUCUUCCAAGAUACCAAGAACCAUUAAUGUUGACAUUUUCAGUUAGGUUUUUUGUACCAAAUAUUCUUAUUCUUAAAGAACCAAUUACUGUGGAAUUAUUCUUUAUGCAAGCCAAGAUCCUAAUUUUUAAGGGUAGUAUACAUUCAGAUAGUGAAGCUGUUUUUGAGUUAGCUGGCUAUGCAUUACAGGCUGCCUAUGGUGAUUUUACAAGUGAGGAAGUAGCAAGGAAAGACAUGAAAAAGAUCCCUGUACUUCCCACAAGAACUUUGAAGGAACAUCCUUCAAUAUCUUAUUGUGAAGAAAAAGUGUUGUCAUAUUACAAAGCAUCUGCUGGUCAGACUAGAGGUGAAACGAUUGUUAGGUAUUUGUGUAUUUUUCAAAGUCUUCCUACAUAUGGAGUCCAUUAUUAUGAGGUUAAGGAUAAAACAAGUAUUCCCUGGUGGCUUGGUUUUAGUCCUAGAGGAAUUGGUGUCUAUGAUCAUAAUGACAAAAUUAAACCAAGAAAAAUUUUUCAAUGGAAUCAGAUUGAGAAUAUUUACUUUCGAGAUAGGAAAGUUUCGUUAGAAAUUAGAGAUUCUUAUAGAUAUGAAUCUAUUCAGUUAAGGCAUAGGAGUGGUUCUAUGGGUCGUAAAUCUGGUAAUCCUAGUAAUGUGAUGGUUCAUAGUUGGUAUGCCAGUACAGCAGUUUCAGCUAAAGCUAUGUGGACAAUGGCUAUCAGUCAACACCAGUUUUAUUUGGACAAGAAAACAGAAGAGGUAACAGCAGCUGCAACACGGACACUAAGAGAUGUAGCAAGAGACCUCACCACAUCAUCUGUAUCCAUCCCUUCAUCCCUAGCAUCUGAAGUUAGUGAUAGUGUAAGCAGUGACUACUCCCUGAGUGCUUCAACAUUAGAUGGAGAGAGUACUGCUUCAUCUAAAGCAGCAGAUAGAGAAAUGGCUAUAGCCCUUGCUGCAAGACGAGAUGCUCUCAUGGCAAAACUCAAGGAAAAGACUGAUGAACUGCGACAACUUUGCAUACAAGAAGCAGAGUUUAUUGGGUCUUAUCCUCCAGAGACACCAUACACGGCUGGCAAGUCUUUACCUCCAAUCCGUAGACGAGUUGGUACUUCUUUUGAGUUUUCUGACUAUGUUGUCAGUGGAGAUCGGAAUGAGACCGAGGAAAUCAAGAAGCAUGAAAUGGAAACGGAGAUCCAAACUAAAAUCACCAGUGCAGCUCGGAAACUAGCAGAAGAUCAAAAUGUCAACAAAAAUGUCAGGAAGUCAAGAAAACUUAUGUAUCAAAAAUCUCUUAAAAAGCUUCGAGACAUGGAGGAACAAUUGAUAAAGCUGAAGCGAGAAUAUUUAGUGAUUGACGACGAAGACGACGAAGAUGAAGAUGCACCUGGUAGCGUAAGGCAGUUCAAUGGUGAGCCGUACUAUCCACACCCAUUUUCAUCACCAAAAUCACCAGCGCGAUAUCGAGCGUACACCGCCAACAACUUACCGAAACGAAGCUCAAGUUCCGACAUCAGCCGGACUGAUGUCGAUAAUUGUCUCGUUAAUGGGUCCUUUCAUGGUUCUUUUUCGCGGAUUGGGUGUCCGCCAAGCCCCUCAACACGAUCAUAUCAAGGAUACUUCGAUACUAGGAUACACCAUAGUCCAUCUACGGAAUGGAAUACGCGAUCCCCUCGUGCUGUGAACGACGGUUCGCGUAAUGGACCUGCUUUUCAGUACUCCGAUAGCGACACUAGAAGCGACUCAUCAACGAAGCCUUCGUCGAUUAGUUCGAGUUAUACGAACUCCGAGGAAAUAGGUGAUGAAUCGACGCGUGUUCAAGAAGUCGAUCGUUCUCCACCGUAUAGAAUAAUAGCAUCAUCCUGGGAUAAUCUGAACGGGAGGUAUUCACGCUCUCCUAGUCCUUGUCUGACAAACAAUAAAUAUGCUGCUAAGAGCACGGAGAGUGUUUCUAGUGAUAGCGAUCCGAGGUUAUCACCGUAUAGCCCUACGACAAAAACCAACCGGGCCUUUUCGUUUGGUAGCGCAAUGCUGCGACCUCCGCAGAGCUUCUCGCAAAGGAACAAGAAGUACCUUAACACUAGUGAAUUAGCAAUACUUAGCAAUACCGGAAAUGCGGGCAGUUAUUCGCUAAGUCAUAACUCAUCCAUAUCGAGAUCAGGACCUAAUCUUGCAGAUAGAGCAUACGGGUCAACCUCUUGUUUACUACCGGUGAACAAAAACCGGAGAGCGGGGUCAUCGUCAAAUGUUGAUUCAUCUUAUUUGAAUAACAACAUGGUCAAUGGGAAUCCGUCGUCAUUGCCGUCAUUUCAUGAAGAGGACUUGCAGUUGGAGUGGGUGAACGACAAUGAUCAACAAGCAACUCUUGUAUAGUGAUGUUCCAAUUGAAAUGAUUUAAUUGUAGUUAGUGAAAUUACUACAUGCUACAUGCUGUGUGAAUAUUCUAGCCUUUUCGAUUUAUGACCCAAUUUUUUCAUUUUAUACUUCUAACCUAAGCACUGCAGCUCAGAGGUAAACGUCUUUAAAAUUUAAAUUGUUAAAGGAUAGCAGUGAAUUAGAAGAAAAAAGGGAGGGACAUAGUCACUUUUAAAAUUUUAAUCGAAACAAGCGGCCCUUUACCAAGACAUUAAACUGACAAAAAAGUAUUGUUCCAGUUAUGUAGCUUCGCUAUUUUUUUCCGACUCGUUUCGUUUAAAACUCGAAUCAUUACUUCUUACUUUUCAAAAAAAGCCUUCACCUUUACCUUAAAACGUACUGUACCAGAUUAUACAAGUUAGGAACGUUUUAUCGUAAACUAAAACACCCAUCUUUCUGGCCACUUUUCGUUAUGCCUUCACUAAUUCAUGGUUCCAACUUUCAGCUACCGUUGCCAAUGUCCCGCAAGCCCAACAAAUUAGUCAAAAUAUCAGAAUAUUAAACUAAUCGCAGAAAAUUGAUCAUAAGUCCUAUCAACCGCGCUUACUUUCCUGUAAAAAUAAAUAAAAUAGCCACGUAAUCCUCGUCAACUUGGUGGGAAAACUGCUGCAAUGGUGAUUGGCUCUCUAUUGUGUAAGUUGGAACCAUGAAUAACAGCGACAGGUUUCAUCCAUAACACUCACAUGUGAUAUCCGCAUUUUACUUCUAUUUGUUUUCUAAUUAUGAAGUUUCCUUCAAAAUUUAUGAUCUCGAGAUAUUUUAAGUCGAGCAAACGCCUGGUAGUUUUCCUUGUGGCUGUUGUUAAAAAUGUACAUGGUUGUCAUGAUUAUAACGACGAAUUAAGUUGCAUUAUUAAGAUUAAUAUUAUAUCAAACAGUUAAGAAUGGUCAUUAUUUAGAACGCCGCAUAGCCUUCUGUGACUCGUAUCUUUCAUUUCUUUACUUUAUAACUGUAAAUGACUAACCCUUUGAAAAGCGACCGGCCUUUACGAAGCGGCUGAUCGCUUACAAAGGUCCCUUCUUAUAUUUCAAAUUCUUACUCCGAUUUUUGUAAUUUAAUACUUAAUGACUAAACCUUUGAAAAGCCACAGGUUUUUAUCAAGUUCAUGGCUGGUCGCUUACAAAGGCCUUUAACUCCAACUUUUGUUCAACUCGUAAAUACGCCCAAUUAAAUUGACAAAAAUUAUGAUUUUCAAUGCGAGUCGACUCUAUAUAAUGACCUUUCUCUUAUCGAAUACAAAAUUGCGCAAUUACAUAGUUGCUUUAAUAAGUUUGUAAAUAGUUUGUUUAUAAAUAGUUUUGUAUCAUCUAGGAUAUUCCGAAUAACCAAUCAUCUAUGGAGCACAUAUUUUAAUCUAUUUAUUAUUCCAAAUGUAUAUAUGAAAGGCUUGAAAGAGAGGGUUCUUUUAAAAAUACCUGGAAGUAGGAGUUCGCAUGUAAUUAKGUAAAACGUUUUUAAGAUAGUUGUACAAUAAAAAAGAGAUUUCUUUACUUUA